AUGCUUAUAGUUAGUAAUGAGUGUUUGUUUGUUGUAGCACGUCCGCCCCUGAGCCAUGCGUCGGCGGAGAGCGCGUACGGUCCGCACGGUAUAGGCUGCAGCAGCAUGGCGCAGCACGUGGCGCUGUUCCUCCUCCUCUGCCUGGUGCGAUGUGACACCAAGACCGUACUACAAGAUAAAUUAGAAGUGGCUCAAUUUCAUGUGACGUCUCAAACUUCGAACCUGUUCCAAAAUGAUGGCCCAGCUCUGGAGUCACUUCAAAAUCUCAUUACUCGAGCCAAGCAAAUUUAUCUACACUUCUUGAACCGUCCCGCCCUCUAG